GGUAAAUGAAAACAGUAUCUAGUUCUUUGCACACACGCGACCGGCAAAGAGCGUGUCAACGCGCUUUCUUUCUCAUCCUUGCGACUCCAUGAGCCGUUCUUCUCGUUUCUUCGUCGCCACCAUGUUGUCGUCUCGCUCUGCUGAUAGGGGAGGUGCCAGAAACCAGCGUAGAAGCUUCUCAGAUGGAUCGCACGACGGAAGAAGAGGCCAGUUCGUUACAGGAGACUCGCACUUACGCUCCGUCCGCGACUAUAACCUUGUCCACCGUCAAGGGAGCUUCUCCGAGCAGCCACUUCAGCAGCCGCCGCCGCCGCCGCUUAAUCCGCGGUAUCGUUGUCCUCCCCCGCCGUUUUACCAAAAUCAACAGUCCCGUUAUCCUCCUCCACCGUUUUACAAAAAUCAACAUUCCCGUUAUCCUCCUCCACCGUUUUACCAAAAUCAACAUUCUCGUUAUCCUCGUCCGUCGUUUAAUCAAAACCAAGCACUGGGGACCCGUCGUCCCAAGCCAUUGGAUUAUCGGACAUGGGAGUACGCCAAGGUGCCGCCGCCUCCUAAUUCUGAGCGAUUUGUGAUUCUCUCGUAUAAUUUACUGGCCGAUUACCUUGCUAUCGGUCACAGGGGCAAACUGUACUAUCACAUACCACGACAAAUACUAGACUGGGAGUGGAGAAAGAGAAGUAUAAUAUUUGAACUUGGAUUAUGGUCGGCUGACAUAAUGUGUUUUCAGGAGGUUGAUAAAUUUCAAGACUUAGAGUCAGAGUUGAGGCUUCGAGGAUACAGUGGCAUUUGGAAGAUGCGGACUGGCAAUGCUAUUGAUGGAUGUGCAAUCUUUUGGCGAACGUCAAGAUUCAAACUGCUGUAUGAGGAAUCCAUCGAGUAUAGUAAGCUCGGACUUCGGGAUAAUGUUGCUCAAAUAUGUGUGCUUGAGAUGUUGGGUCAAAAUUUCAACAAAAAUGGACCUCCUCUCUCAACAAGUUCAGCAGGUUCUAGUAAAGUUGUCGUAUGUAACAUUCAUGUGCUUUACAAUCCAAAACGGGGGGAAAUUAAGCUUGGCCAGGUUAGGACACUUUUGGAUAGGGCUCAUGCUGUUUCGAAGAUUUGGAGUGAUGCUCCAGUUCUUCUUUGUGGGGAUUUUAAUUUUACACCAAAGAGUCCAUUAUACAACUUUAUUUCAGAGCAGAAGUUAGAUUUGUCUGGAGUGGAUAGAGACAAGGUGUCAGGACAAGCUUCUGCUCAGAUUCAUUCAUGGAAGCCACAUAAUCCUAACCCCAGCAUGUGUAGGGUCCAGCUUGCUGAUGGUUCAACGGAAGCUCCACCAGUAGUAGGUGAGGGGGAGGUUGAUAUCAAGCUGAGUGAUCCUCUCACUGUCAUGCAGAAGAACAGUAAAUAUGGCAAUGCUGAAAUUAUUCCUUUUAUGGACAACUCAUCUCCAUCUCAGUCCACUGACGCAUUGUCAAAUUUGUCUGAUAAGGCUUGCAGCCAUUGGCAAUCCAUGAAUAAGGAGAGUACCCUUAGUGAUGUGGCAGCAAUUGAAACCGAGCAGACUGUGGUAGAUGGUUUCAAUGAAAGUUCAAGCUGUCUUCACAGUGAAGGUCAGUUUCCUACUGAUAAGUAUCAUUGUAAUGAUGAGAUCCAUAAGUUUUCACAUUACAGAAUGUCCCAUCUCGAAGAUAAAUCUGAUUUAACUGAGAUAGGAGACAAAGAAAAGGCAAAUGCGUCCUUGCAUUCAAAUCAUGAACCACCAAGGGAAUAUUCUGACUCAGAUAUAAUAACAGAAAGUGAUAAAUCUUGCGAUAAAUCUAAACUCCCCCUUGUGGGUAAUGAUCAUAGUAGCUUGGUUGAAUGUAGUCCUGAAGUCAUGAAUGCUUCCAACUCUGAAAUUCUGUAUCUGUCAAGUAUUGAUGUAAACCAGGAUAGCUGUUCAACUUCAUAUGAGUCUGAUAUCUCUGAUGCUCUUGCUGUUGACUCUCUAGUAUCUGUUGAACUGGAGAAUCUAUCGGUGAGAAACUUAGAUGAAGUAGCUAAUAAACUGGAGAAUCUAUCUGUAAGAACCCCAGAUGAAGCUGCUGACAAACUAGAGAAUCUAUCUGUAAGAACCCCGGAUGAAGCUGCCGAUAAACUGGAGAAUCUAUCUAUGAAAAAUCUAGAUGAAGCUGAAGUAGAAAGUGGAACUGAAGAUGAAGAUGACAAUAUAUUUUUAUCUGAAUUACACAACAAUGUAGAUGCCUUUACUUCUACUUCUGAUCAGUUUGUAGGAUCUACCUUGGGUGCUUCUUCCAAGGAACUUGGUGAUGAAGUCCAUAAUAUGUCUCCUCCUACAUUGGGUUCUGAGGUUGUCAAUGUGGAGAAUAUUACUUAUGAUCCAUCAUUGUGGACUCCAAUGGAAAUAGCAACUGCAACAGGCAAUGAAGACUGCACCUUUCUGGAACACCCACUACAGCUUAAAAGCACUUAUACAGAAGUGGAGGAUUGUACAGGGACAAGGGAUUCUAAAGGGGAGCCCUUAGUGACCAGUUACAAUAGAUGUUUCAUGGGCACAGUUGAUUACAUAUGGCAUUCUAAUGGCAUCCAGACUGUCAAAGUGCUUGCUCCAAUACCAAAACAUGCUAUGCAGUGGACCCCGGGUUUCCCAACAAAGAAAUGGGGUAGUGAUCACAUUGCUUUGGCUUCUGAAGUAGCAAUCGUGAAAGAUUGACAGAUCAUAUUCAUAAUGCUGCUCUUUGGUUGCAAGAUAACUUGUGGCAUUUGUCAAGUAUUAAAAAGCUUUAGAGAUGCCCAUUGAUCUCUCAACAUUCACCAAUGUUGUGUCGUCUAAGUCAUGCAUCUCAUGGAAAAUUCACAGGUUUUCUUCAAGUAAUUAACUCAUUUAUCAGUCGUUUGUUCCAUUUUGUUUAUGUUCUGGUGCUUCAAUUAAACUGAAAUUUUGAUCAUAGUUUUAAGUGGAUCCUUGAUCUUCUUUGCUCUUGCUAAAAGUAUGUGGAAGAGAUUAUUCUUCAUAUUAAUUUUUUAUCAACCAUAGAAUUACAUAUCAUUGUUGCA